AUGGGUGCAGUCAGCGCCUACGUUCUGAUCUCAGGCUUUGAAGCGUUUCAAGAAGCCGUCCAGCAGGGAGGCCUGGCUCAGGACAUCGCGGACUCAUUGCUGGCAGUGAUGGAUUAUGAGGCUUUCGUGGCGUUAAUGCAGCGGCAGCUUGCUGCCACCAACGGUAUCUUGGAUCCCUCGCAGGCGGUGACGGUGACUGCAGUGAUGGUGUGCUGUCGCAAUGUGUGGUCCAAGGCCUCGAGGGUGGUGAGGGAGUCGAGGUCUGGUGGCUACAAUGGCUUUGGCGGCUACGCCUCUGAGGCCAUCACUUUGGGUGAAAGACUGGAGCAUAAGUUUGCUUAUGGCAGCCGGAGUAUCUUAGGAGUAGCAGAGCAGCCCACAUCGGGUGCUUGUAAAGUCUGUGGCAUCGCUGACGAGAAGCAAAUUAAGCUCAAAUGGAACAAAGAAGAGUUUGACAUCACCAUCGAAGAGGGCUCCACUGUUGAGGUCUUCAAAACACAGGUUUGGACUCUGACUCAAGUGCCUAUGGAUAGGCAGAAGUUUUUGGGAUUUCCUGGAGGGAUGCUGAAGGAUACCGACGACCUCAUGGCCAAGGUUGCAAAGCUGAAGUCAGGGGCAAAGGUGACGCUGAUGGGCACCCCCGAGGGCAAAGAGCUGAAAGCUCCAGAGGAGAAAGUAGUCUUCGAGGAGGACCUGUCUCCAGAAGAGAAGGCGAGGAUCCUGAAAGAGAAGAAAGUGGAAAUCCCACCAGCUGGAAUCAAGAACUUGGGCAACACGUGCUACAUGAAUGCGACUCUGCAAUGCCUGAACAGGGUGGGAGAUCUGAGAGAAGCGCUCAACCAGUACCAGUCUCCAGGGACUGAGGUCCGUGAUAUCGACUCAGUGCUCACCGCGCAGCUGCGAAGCGUCAACUCGCAGCUCACCAGCACCACAGACUCCAUCGUUCCCAUGCAGUUCGUCAUGGCUUUGCGGCAGCGCUUUCCAAGGUUUGCAGAGAUGCAGAAUGGAGCGCCGAUGCAGCAGGACGCGGAUGAGUGCCUCCGUGGGCUGCUCACAACCCUUUCAGGAACCUUAAAGGGGAGCAGCGAAUCCACAAACAGGAUAGACGAGCUGUUUGGCUACAAGAUAAAAUCCACGCUUCGAUGCCUCGAGUGUGAUGAAGAAGCACCGCAGGAGACGGAAGAGAUGAGCCGCGUGCUGCUGUGCCAUCUCGGAACGCAGACGGAUCCUGUAUCGCAUAUCACUCAAGGUGUACAGUUGUCUCUGAAGGAACACAUUGAGAAGCAAUCGCCCGUGUUGGGUCGCAACGCGCAGUACGAGAAAUCAUCGUCUAUUGCAAGCUUGCCACCCUUCCUUGUCGUUCAAUUUGCCCGCUUUGGCUACAAAGGUGCCAACGAAUGGGCUGGCACUAGUGCUUCCAAGGUGAAGCUAACGCGCAAAUGCGCAUUCACACACACCUUCGACAUUUUUGAUUGCACAUCUGAUGAUGUGAAGAAGAGACUAUCUGUUGGCCGCGUAAAGAAGAAAGAGCAAGAAGACAAGGAACUUGAAAGGCAAAAGGCCGCCCUGGACAAAAGUAGUUCUGCGAAGGAAGAUGUGGAGAUGAAGCCAGCAGAGGACUCUGAGAUGCAGCCAGUGGGCUUGGAAGAGCUUGACACUGGCUACUACCAGCUCAUCGGGAUAGUUUCACACAAGGGUCGAACUGCCGACGGAGGCCACUACGUGGGCUGGACCCUCCACAAGAAAGCGGAUGGCAAGGACCUCAAGGAUGACAAGUGGGUUCUCUUUGAUGACGACGACGUUACCUUCGUAAAUUGGAAGGACAUGACAGGAAUGAGCACAGACCUGUGUGGGGGGAAAGCCGACACUCAAAUUGCAUACAUCAACAUCUACCAAAGGAUAACAGUCCUUGCAGAUCCUGGUCAAGCUUUGGGCAGUGAUGCUGGUGAGAAGGGCGACAGCGGUUACUCAGCGAAAGAUGUGACGAUGGAGGGACAAUGA